CUUCACUUCCUCCCCUAUUUUUUCCCCCAUUUUCACAUCUCAUCUCUCCGGCCAUCUCCACGGCCUUCCGACGAACUUUUCCGACGACAUUUAAAAUGCAAGACGGCAUAAACGGUUACUUCGACGCAAGCGCUGAUCGGCGAUUAAGGUCGCAUCUCCAUCAAAAUCAUCACCAAGCUUUAAAGUGUCCACGUUGUGAAUCACUAAACACAAAAUUCUGUUACUACAACAACUACAAUCUAUCUCAACCUCGUCAUUUCUGCAAAAACUGUCGCCGAUACUGGACUAAAGGUGGUGUACUAAGAAACGUCCCUGUCGGAGGCGGUUGUCGGAAAUCUAACCGAUCUUCAAAGGUGAAAACAUCUUCAAUAGAUCGUAAUUCGAAUUCUCAUUCUAGUAGCGACGCAUCAGCAUCAACCGUCGCUAAUACUGAGGCGACAACGUCAGUUAGUUCGUCAAAUUCAGGAUCAAAUCUUAUGAACUAUACAUCAUUCUUCGAGUUUCCUCCUCUAAUUGAAUUCAAUGAGAAUGAUUUCGCGCCGUAUAAUUUCGAUCUACAGUUGCAAGAAGAAGUUGAGAAGAUGGAUAAGACUGCGGUUAACUCCGGCGACGGAGCAGUUGAUUGGACGGCCGGAGAAUGUUACUGGACACAAUGGCCAGGAGAAGCAAUGUAUCUUCCGUAAUCUUUUUUUUACAUAAUAAUAAUAAUAAUUAAUUAAUAUGAUAAUAAUAAUGUGAUAUAUUAAUUUGAUUUGGAAAAAUGAAGAAAGGGACAAAAGGGAGUCUGUAACAGAAACUAUAUAUAGAACGACUAUUUAUCUAUUGUAAAUGUAUUUAAUUCUUCUUUCUAUAUUUAGGGUUUAUAUAAUUAUUAUUCAGUUUUCA